GUUAAAACCAUUGUAACUAAUGGUUUCUAUUGUAUUCUUUCUAGCAGGGUUCAGCUGCACUUUAUAUAUAUGCACAUUUUAUAAUAUAAACAAACCCUGUAAAUUUCAAAGAAAGGUUUUGCAUUUUAAAAAUGUAAUACAAUUAACAUUUCCCCAGGAUGUCCCCAUGAUGGUUCUAUUAGAUUUACCCUAAUAAUUCAACUUCAGUACACAUACAUAUACAACCUGGCUAAUAAACCUAACCUCAAAACUCCCUCUGUCCCGUUAACAGCUUCCGUUUCUGUUUUUUUCCUCUUGAGAAGAUGCCUAAUCGCAUUCAUAUGUUGACCGUUCUGUCUACACCCCAGUGAGCGCGCACGCUCACGCGCUUUUCAUUUAACAAGCCUGUAGUCAGCUGGUCAACAGGGAUGAACUUCACUCUUCUUCCAAACUGUCGAUUAAUAGUCGUGGGGGACCUUUUGACCAGCGUGAGAUCAGAAUACACUUUAUUUUAGUUGUGUUAAAUAUUCUUUAUGGAAUUAACCGUGAGGACGGAUUCCUUCCUGGGAUGUUUCGUCUUGCAACAUGCGUCGUUUUGUGUUUCUUUUUCUAUUUGUUUUCGCGCAAGGUAAUGCGCUCUUAAAGAUCAUAGAGUGUGGAGGUAAAGUCAAUGUUUGUCGGGACAAGAGCGGCUCUAUCCGGUAUCCUUCACAUCCAGAUAGCUCUGUAUUUAAAGAAAGUACCGAUAACAGCACUUGCACUUGGAUUAUUGAUUCUUGUGUUAAUCAGUCAGUUCGGAUAGAGGUCAUUUCUCUUGGUAAUGGUUCUCUUGGGAUUAAAUUUGGAAACGAGGUUGAACAGACCUACGAAAGAGAUGAGAGCGCGCUCUUCUCCGGGUCUGGAAGAACCAUAGUUCAAUGGAGGACUGUCGAAACUUCAGCUGCAUUAUAUCUGAGAUGGAAUACGUCAGACACCAGUCACGAUCCCGCUUUGAUUCCUUACACAUAUUCUGAUGCCAACCCUGUAUCUCCCUCUCCGAGUGGAUCAAACGGGGUAACCUAUACCCCAGACAUUCCACAGAGAACACACAUUCCCAAAACAAACACUCCCAGAGGUGAGAGUGUACAGCAGAGGCGAGGCGUGUCUGACCUGGCCGAUAAGAGCAGACCUCUUUUUCCGCAGGAAAACACGAACAAUGACCAGGAAACAGCUGGAAAACGGAUCUCUGACCUCUCCCUCGUUGGCACAAAUUCUUAUUCUGAUACACACAGCGGGACAGACUCAACCUCUGCCUCUAACACUCAUGAACCUUUUAUAGCCUGGUCUCCCACCGCUGUCCACUCAUCGUUGCUGCCUUCACGCACUACACCCAAAGAGUCUAGUGAUGUUAAAACAAGCACACUGUCACGUUUGGACACAAAUUCUGUGACACAAUAUACAGAAAGUUCACAGCGCAUGGACACAGAAAGUCUGUCGAAUACACCCGCCAAGCGAGGUGAUGCAAUGUUUCCGACACACAGCUUCCUUUCGGUUAUUACACAUGUUAGACCAACAAGUCUGUUCAAUAAAAAAUCUAAACAAGCAUUUCCUACCACCAAAGCUGAAGCAACCACAUCGACGCAUCCUAAUAAAGCCGUGCUUCCAUUUUCAGAAAGUAUUGGAACGAGUCAAUUCGAUUCGGAGGCUUCAGCGAUCACACAUGAAAACCGAGUUAUAAGAUCAGAGACGGACCGAACAAAUCGCUUUCCGAUGAUUUCUCAUCCAAAUGUCAAUAUUACUAAUUUAUAUACAGCAACAUACAACGAUUCAAUAACUGUUGCCACAACGCCUGUGGUUUCAAAGUUUCCAGAUGUCAAUCAAAGCAACCCAUUGUUGUUCCCUCAAAGCCACACCACCCACGCAGAGUCUCUCGAUUCUACAAGUAGAAUGACUGUACCUCAGAUGAACGUUUCCUUCCUUUCUACAACUGAGAAUAAGCCCACAACCUUAAGCUUAAGCGUGUUUUCUACGAGGCAUCCGUUGCAAAGAUCACAAACCAUGCAGCCUUUAACGUCUUCUAAAGAGUCAACCAUCCACACUUCACACACCAUCCAAAGUCAUGACGAUACAAGCACCCAACAAACCAGCUCAGCAUCCUCAUCCAUCUCUGAAACCGAAAUCUCUGACUUAACAUCACACAAUGAUGAAAGCAGUAUCUCCUUCACAUCACCUACAUCUCCAGAAAUGACCCCUGCUGGUUCUAGUACGUCAAAGGGGGGCACAAAACCACUUCCUUAUGAAAGUGAUUGUCGCAACCUCACGUGCACCCCGUACGUACCGUCUACUGUCCAACAAAAUGAAGGAAGACUGGGGAAUGAGGAAAGCACAACUCCUCCAUCAAUCCCUUCAUCGGGUUCUGUCAGUCCUCGGAUGAAUCCUUACGUGACCUCUGACCUCACUGUUGAACGCAUCACUACAGUGAGAUCUGAGAGCCGCACAGAUUUAAAGGAACUUGAUAUUUCCCCCUCACAGGUCCAGAAUACCAACACACGCACAGAUUCUCCGCAAACCGAGCUUUCAAAUACACCAAAAGUCUCUGUAUACACAUCCACCCCUCAGUAUUGGCCUCCUUCGCCUUUAGAAACCACACAGACUAAUGUUGACUUUUCCGUUAUGACCCACACAAACAGUCCAACUUGGAGAAGUCUGACAACUAAUUUCAAGACGACACAUGGCAAUGACGUUCAUACUGGAUCAAUAGAGAAUACGAAAGGCAUCACAACUCCCAUUGCGGCGUCCAAACUGAGCCCAUCAUCUGUUGACAUCAAAUCUACGCAAACCUCCGAGCUCAGUACGCCUGUCAGCAGAACCACUUCAAGUGCUGUUUAUCCUCCAACACAAACUACCGAACAGUCCAAGAUGAUUCCGCAUGCUGCAUCCACAGAAAAUCCUUCAGUUCAAAUCCAUUCACAUUUUCCAGUGACACAGCCCAGCACCAUCAUACCUCCAAAACAUACGACCAAGAGCGUUCAUGCUACUCGGACCAAUGAACACACAAUAUCUACACACGCAGUCACUCAGACAUCUCUGAUCCAGUCUACUCCAUCCAACUCUGACAGAAAGUGGACGCACACAAGGCAUUAUUUCAUUUUGGAAGACCAGCCGGCAAUCAUCAAGGAGGAGACAUUUCAAGUACUCUUACAAAUCACAUUGGAAGAAGACUUUCACACCAGCAUAAAGCUGCUUGAGAUGGAACCAUUUCUGCAGAGAGUCCCAGGGUACCACAGUCAACAUUUCACCUGGCGCAGUGGUCCAGUCCUGCAAACGGUGGUCAAGUUCCAGACAGAAAAGGCAGUCCACUGGCUGGGGAGGGCGGAGUCUCUGUUACAGGAGGCGGGAUUAAAUCCAUUGCCAAGGCUAUUUGUGGGUGGAGUUAGAGUGAAAAACAUUACAGUUGGAAGUUUGCAGACCGAUGUUUGUGAUUGGCUGUUUGAAUGCCCAUCUGGCUUUCAGUGUGUCUUUUCAAACAUCAAUGCCAGCUGCACAUCUGUGUGCCACUUUGACUACUGUAAACAUCAGGGCAUCUGUGUGCAUCGCCCCGAUCAGCAGCCUCUCUGCCAGUGUCCCGUCGGAGAGGAUUAUUGGUUCAUGGGUCAGCGCUGUGACCUCCGGAUGACCCGGCCCCGGUUGGUGGGCGUCUGCUUUGGGGUGCUGAUCGCUAUUGCAGCAGUCAUGGCCCUCCUAUCCUAUCUUGCAGUGCGGCGUUUUAAAAGCAUGCUUAUGCAGGCCAAAGUGGAACAAACACGUAGCAGUUAUCGGAGAUUUAAUCAUUUUGAUGAGCUCUCGGCUCGGUUUUGGGGAAGGUCCUGGCCGGGCUCAGAUGAUUCUUUGGAUAACCCUGCCUUCACCCGUUCUGAUGAAGUAUUACACCUAAGAGCCCUCGAUCGUACCUGCUGUUACCAUGACGACACGCUUUCUGUUGUCUCCACAUACCAUGGAAGUGGAACACACCUCAACACUAUAUAUCCUCACAGCUCUCAGUAUGGCUGGGAUCUCAGCAAUUGCAGUUUAGCAGACGGUGUGGUGGAUUCUGGGAAGGCUAGCGACCUGUCAGUCUGUAGCUGGCCGAUUGAACCCAUUCAGUGGACACCAUUUCCAUUAUUACAGCAGCUCAAUAGAAAUACUACACCUGGGAAAGUAUCUCGUCCUCGCUCUUACUGUGAAGGCAUGGAGCUGGUGGAUUUGGAGAAGAGUUGGACAUCCUAACGAAGACUCUCAAAAUGACCCCGCAAUAAGCCCUAGCCAAUCAUCAUGUGUUUGGGGGAAUUUUUGGAUGUAUUUGCCAUAUUGACAAUUCAUGCAGAGAAACUCUCAUAAAAUCUCAUGUAAUGAUAAAAUACUUUUAUUGGGAUCUGCUCUCAGCGUCCUCGGGCAAUUCUGCACAAUGCUCAUGGAGUUGGAUAACUGGAAUAUCUGCGUAAUGGUCAGUCAUCAUAACUGUAUUUUUUCUGCUGGUUGUUGGUACCACACAAACUAACAACAAAAGGACAUCAUGGGCAGCUGUAAGACAAAAAAGUACGAGGCCCUUGAUUUUAAAAUAAUUCAUGCUUGUUUACUAUUGGCAUUUGCUUAUUCUAGAGCAGUCACAAAUAAAAUAUGGUGAUUGUUCUAAAAGAGAUAAUACUUGUUUUUCAUAAUAAAAUAGCGAAAUCUUAAACAGCUCUUUUUUUAGCUGGACAAAAUGUGAUUUUAGGAGAAACGUGUUUCUGUGUUAUCUGUCAGGUAAUCAGGAUUUUUGAAGAGUUUGGUUCCAAAAUGAGAGAACUCUGCUUUUAAAAAUUGUCAAAAAUCAUGUUUUUUAUUAUGUUAACAUGUUUGUACUGUGUUUUCUUAUGGCUUAAGUCAAAACAAACCAACGGCGGUUUGAUUGAUAUUAUUUGGAAUGCACAAU